UCCUCGUAAUGAAUUUUGUUAUGACAUCUUGUGGAUCUUGAAUCGCCAGUUUUUGCCAAAUUGUUUUCAAAUAAAUACGUGCUCUAGACUUGUCAUGGGCUACUUCACAGAUCGCUAUCUAUGAAACAGAGAUGAGCUCGAAAACUCGUCCAACAUAUGGUCGCUAUACCUUAAAGAGUAGUGCCCCUGCACCUAAGGCCAUGUCCUACAUGGGGCAGGAUUUCAUUGCAAAUCACAUGAAAUCUCAUUACAGGCGAAUCCUGUCAGCUAAAGCGGCUGUUGAUACAUCUCCUCCGAAAUCUAUGAAAGCACAUAUAAAAGCUCAUGACCAAAAGAAGCGGGCUACCUUGGAAAGUAGAUCUGGAACUCCAUCAUCUCUUAGAGCAAAGACCCCUUCUGUGGAAUUCUUGUCUUCAUCACACAAUGAAUCACCUCCCUUAAAUUCAACAAGAAACUGGCAGUCUCCAGGCCAUAGGCAAAGCACAGGGACUCCACUCCAGAGAAGUCUGUCUAUGCAGUCCCUCGGUCAAGAUUAUACUCCUGCAGUGUGUUCGUCUUCUCCAAGAGAUGAAGCAUUGGAAUGUCAAAUAUCUACACCCGUGUUUGAUAAAAUGCAAUCCAAACCACCAGUGUCACCCAUACGAAGACACAGAAGACAAAAUACUGCACAGAAAAACUGUGUAUUUACAAAUCAUACAGAGAAUCAGAGAACUAAUAUUCAACAUGUUGGCAAAUCUGAUCAAAGCUCCUUAAAUAAUUUGGAUGGGAAUUUUGGCACAUUGCUAAGUGGUACUGAGAAUCAGUCAUUUGAUCUCAAGAAUCUGGGAACAGUUGUGAAUAGAUUUGGCGAGGAAAGCUCUGCAAGAGCCCUUGAUAAAAAUGGAAUGUUGCCUCAUGACUUUAAACACACUAACAGAUCAACCAGGUACGAGGAUGUCCCAUCCCUUGACCUCACAAAUGUGCAAUAUAGUUACAGAGGUCCUCCAUCAAGCAGAACAGUUACAGGGUCCCCUGGUUUCAAGGCAAACAUGUGGGAAGAGGAACAAAAGUAUCUUAAAUUCAUCUCUGAUGUUACCACUGACAUCCUGGCAAGAGGCAUUUUCAGUAAUAGGGUUCUUAAGCAAGUUUUUGAAAUGCAUAUUGAGAGAAGGAAGGAUAAAUUGGAUGAAAGUCGUCUGCAGGAAAUGAUAGAGCAGCUUAAGGAAGAUUUGGGAGUUACAGACAGCUGACAUGAACCCUUUUUAUUUUGAGAUCUAAUAAGUCUUGUAAUUUUCAUUUCUAGCUGCAAUCAAUUUUCUCCUAAAUCAAUAAACUAAGAUAAUUUGUUGUUAUAUUAGGAUAAUAUGUUCAAGCUGGCAAGUUAAGGUCUUUUCUCACCAACUGUUCACAGGACAGUGUAUGAUAAUUGAAGAAAGAGAAUUUUCAUGUCAGUCACUUGAAGGUUGAUAGAAAUUAAUUUUAACUCUUGUAUGUUCAAGGGAAAAAUCCUAAUUGCUAUUUUGAAAAUUUAAUAUAUUGCAGUAAUAAAUUUGAAAAUUAAAAAAAAUACUUCAAA